ACGAUUUCAAGAGGCCAUUUUUCAAUUGCAAUACUCUGUUCCUUGUAAAUCCAUAUCCUGUUUAUUAUUCUUGCGCUUUGUUCGUGGCGACAUGAUCUGUCGAUACAUUUAUGCGACUGCAUUGCUGUUUUUUAAUACUUCCUCAGUGACCGCUUUUAGCAACGCCCUCUUCCAGGAAACGCCGUCUCAGCAAAUUACUGCGCCGUCAAAGACGGACGGAGUCGACAUUGAGCUGCCUGACUUCGAUGAGCUGUUUGAACGCAUUCGGAAAAUCUCGCCUUUGGCGAACUGUGUCAUUCAUCAGCAACAACAGGGAGACAGCAAUCCUCGGAGAGGUUUUGCUGCGGCAGAGUCAUGUACUGAAAAGCUGAGAUGGAAAACGAUUGAGGAACGAAAGGAUAGACUGGUACACCAAAUCCAAAAAAUUGAUAAUUUUCAGGGCUUACCUGCCCCACUGGUCAGGUUCCGUUCUUCGCUCAGUGGUCCGUGCGUAGGAGAAUGCUUCGCCAACUUCAUUAUGGAUAUAGAUGAACGGAAGAAGUGGGACUCACAAAUUGAGCAAGUCUAUGAAGCUUACCCUAUUCAUGAUUUGGACGCCGCAAAUAUAGCCAUGGGUUUUGGCAGGUAUGGAGAUUGUAGUCGGCUUGGAAUAGGAUACUGCCAAACGAAGGCCAAUCUCGGUAUUUCGCCUCGGGAACAGCUCAUUCUCUGCGGAAUCCAGAACUUUUCUGAUGGUUCAUGUAUUGUAUGGGGAACGGAAAUGGAAGAAUGGCAUAACCACUUGUUUCCUCCCGGUGAACGGCAUACUCGAGCGAAAUCACAUAUCUUCUCGACGACUCUAACCCCAACAAGCGAGAAUUCGUUCGAUGUAGAGUACGCAUUGCAGUUGGAAGUAGGAGGCAAGCUUCCAACUUGGUGUACUACUCCCAUCCUUGUAGAUACGAUAAAAAAGAUGUUUAUUCAUGCCCAAGGAUUCUUCGGUGGAGAACACGGGAAUUUGGAAGCUUAUUUAUCCGAACAAAAACGUCACAACUGUUUCCCUGCGGAUCGGCAGAGUCUCCUUAUGACUCCAUGAAUCCUCAUUGACAAUGCAUAACCCCAUGACUUCUCACUUUUACUAUUUCUGUCAAGAUCUUCUUGAUCAUGCACCACCAGCUUUCGACGAGGCAUACCAGCAUUUUUGUGCCACAAUCUCUCAGAAUCUGACUAUACAAGCAAUUACUAUAUUAAACUAACUGCUCUCCAAGUAUCUCCUUGAGGAGGCAGAAAUAGAUUUCAAAACUAAC